UAUGCGAAAAUUCCCCUUAACUUAGAGCUGGCCGGAGAUAAGUCCAUUUUAACGGUGUAGUCACUAGUCAGUAGUCACGUAGCAAGGAUGCAGGGAGGCUACUAGCGUCGGAGUCAUCAAUUCUAAGGAGAAAAAAGUUGGUGAAGGUAGAGAGAGAAAAAUGCACGAAAUGAAGAGAGAAAUUAAAGCAUGUAAUUUUGGACCUUCAUUAUUAUAUUCAGUCGAACUAAAAAACUUAGUAGUGAAGUCAACACAUCGAUCUGCCCGAUUGCUCGGCCCGCGUUUUUCUUCCUCAUCGUUUUUCGUAUUCCGUCAAGUUGACUUCACUGGUUUCCGAUACCCAAUGUACCUGAAUUCAGUUCAUCAUCUUUCUCGAAUACCAAAUCCUCUUUUGAUCACUCUAUAAUCCUCCAGUACUGCGUAGAGACUAAAUUUUCAGAUCUGAAUCUCGUCAGUUGUCGUCGGAGCCACUUUAGUUAUGGGCCAAGAAGAUGCGGUUUCAUUUGAAGGCCAACUACGCAGAGACGAGAAGCCGAAAGAUAGAAUUUCAGGUCUGAUUUCUCGGCAAUUUUAUUGGUUAAGAAAACUAAUUGAAGAGCUACACUGGAGCUUUGUUUCGUCUGUGGUUAUUUUGUAUGGGAUAAAUCAGGGUAUGAGUUUGGGGCUAAGCCGAAUUAGUACGCAGUAUUAUAUGAAAGAUGAACAGAAGUUACAGCCAUCUGAAGCACAAGUUUAUGUUGGAAUAAUUCAAUUGCCUUGGGUUGUAAAGCCUCUUUGGGGACUUUUAACUGAUACUCUUCCUAUUUUAGGAUAUAGGAGGCGGCCAUACUUCAUUCUUGGUGGUUUCAUUGGUGUUGUCGCUAUGCUUAGUCUGUCAAUCAACCAGAACUUACACCUCGCAUUGGCUUUGUUGUGCCUAAUGGCUGGCAGUGCGGGAGUGGCAAUAGCAGAUGUAACUAUUGAUGCUUGUGUGACGGAGAACAGCAUAAGCCAUCCUUCUCUUGCUAGUGACAUGCAAAGCUUGUGUGGUCUGAGCUCGUCAGUGGGGCAACUGUUUGGGUACGCAAUCAGUGGGUUUUUGGUACAUCUAAUUGGAUCCAAGGGGGUAUUUGGAGUUUUAAGCAUCCCAGCUGGACUUGUCAUUUUGGUAGGAAUGAUGACACGUGAAGCUCAUGUACACAACGUUGCAUAUAAGCGUGCAAGUCAAAAGUUCAUGGAUGCUGGUAAGGCUAUGUGGAUGGCACUGAAAUGCGAGAAUGUUUGGAGGCCAUGUAUAUACAUGUACAUUUCUCUAGCAUUGAGUUUGCAUAUUCAUGAGGGAAUGUUUUACUGGUAUACAGAUGCAAAGGAUGGCCCAUCUUUCUCAAAGGAGAUGGUAGGAUCCAUAUCUUCUGUUGGUGCGGUGGGCUCUCUUCUUGGUGUUCUCCUCUACCAGAAUGCAUUUAAAAACCAUCCCUUUCGUGGUGUACUUUUCUGGACUCAGUUACUAUAUGGUGCUUCGGGGCUGGUAGACUUAAUAUUGGUCUCACGUGUAAACUUAAGAUUUGGUAUCCCUGAUUAUGUUGUUGUUGUAAGCGAUGCAGCAUUCUCUCACAUGAUUGGGCGUCUCAAAUGGAUGCCUCUCCUUGUACUCAGUUCGAAGCUUUGCCCCUCGGGCAUUGAAGGAACUUUUUUUGCUUUGCUAAUGUCAAUUGAUCAUAUUGGUAUGCUCACAGCAUCCUGGGGUGGAGGCCUCUUACUUCAUGCCUUCGAUGUUACAAGAACACAAUUUGACAACCUUUGGAUAGUUAUAGUAAUUCGGAGCAUUUUAAGAGUACUUCCAGUUUUCAUUCUGUUCUUGAUACCCAGCAGUGAUCCAAAUGCUUCUAUUCUCCCAUCCGAGAUGUUGAAGAGUAAAAAGGGAGACGAUAUGUUGGAAAAUCAGAACAUGGAAAUGGCUCCUCUUGUGAGCAGUGUUGAUCAGCAUUUAGUGGAUACAUGAUCACGACACAAAUAGCAAAACUGGAAUAGCACAUGUGCUGUUGAAUUUUUAUGCGCGCAGCAUGACAGAAGCUAUACAAGAUGGAUAUACUAGCUUUUGGUAAAAAGAAGUUGAGUUGACUAAGCCAAGUUAUUCCUACCAGUAAGGCUUAGAUUUGUUGUAUACAUGUAUUCCUUCACAACACUUGAGGAAAAAUUGACCUUUGUGAAAUUGUAUGUACCAAUGUUCUGUAGUUUCUUGGAAUCUUUUUGUUAAUACAGUUGGCUUUGGUCUUA